AUGGCUGAAUCUGAAUCUGGAGUCGCUCACAAAGUCAUUUCCGUUAUUCUCCGCCUUUCGGAGCUUGCCUGUGCUAUAAUCGUCCUGGGCAUCCUCUCACGCAUUUGUUAUCUCGUUGGUAUCGCGGGAGAUAACGUAGAUGGAAGAAUCAUCUAUACUAUCGUCGUCGCGUGUCUGGGCAUCAUGUACUCCGUCUUAUUUUGCCCGCCAUUCAAGAGCAUGUUCCUUGGCUUCCCCUUUGACUUUGUGCUAUUCGUGAUGUGGCUUGUGGCAUAUUGCUUGCUUCAAACGGUAUUAUACACCCUUUCACCUUCAAAUAAGCUUGAGGCAAGAAGAACGGGUACACAUACUUGCACUGCUCGUUGGUAUUAUAACUAUUGGGGUUACUAUUGGGGUCGUUACUGGACAUCUGGACCCGCUGGAACUGUCGCCGUCAAUAGCGCGGGUUGUGCCUCGUGGAGAGCGGUCCUAUCAUUUUCGUUCAUCGGCUGGUUUCUCCAUCUUUUGAGCGGAAUCCUGCUCGAUGAGACAAAGCGCGAUAUCCAGCAGCAUGCAGAAAAGCUCACAAAGCCUGACCCUCGAGCACGUGGCUACGAGCGAAGUAGGGAACAACAGCAGACUAGCGAGACCGUCAGUGUCUAG